GGGAGUGUGUGUGUGUGUGUGUGUGAUUUGAGCGUGUUCCGGUGUGUCAGGUGCAUGUGUGGGUGUGACUUCUGGUAACCAGGCAGGGACAGACCUCAUCUCAUGGGGAUGUCGGGGGAGUGACUUAAUCAGCGAUGAAUAUGACCAGAAAGGAAAAAAAGCACAUGCAAAGCACUCUGUGUCACUCUGACAGGGUCUCAAGCUCAGAGAGCACAGCCUCUCACUCUCUGUACAAAACCAUCCUGCCAACCACGUUUAGCUGAUACAUAUGACAUAAACUGCUGCUGCUGCUGUUGUUGCUCUGUUGCUGAUGAUGAUGGCACCAAUGGGAAUGACUUGUGGUCUCAACCGGACUCUGGAUGGAUUGUAGUAAAAAGCUCAGAGUAGCUGUUUAAUGAUGAGAACAGGCGCUGAUGUCUAAUGUUUUACCGCUCAACAAGGACUACAGACUGAACUGCCUCCAAGGAGUUUCAUCUGUGGUGGUGCUUUUUGGAUGCGGUGAAGCAGGGCUAUUAUGCUCCAGCUUGAAGGGACAAAAUGCAGCUUCCUGUUGUGCCUGGGGAUGAGUAUUAUUAUCUGCUCAGUCAUUUACUUGAGGACGAACAUGCCAACAGAGCCCAAGCCACUGGAGCCUCCAAGUUGCAGGCCGUUCUCUGCACAAUGUAAAACUUCGCUGCUUGGCACAGAGGAAGGGGUGGAGUGGAACCGCCAUGACUGCCAGGUGGAAAACUAUAUUCUGGAUAGUCGCAUGCAGUGUUCCAAUAUGAUGAGAGACCUACACUUUAUCACAAGACCUCUAAGUCGAGAGGAAGAGGACUACCCUUUAGCAUUCAUUGUUACUGUUCACAAGGAGCUGGAGCUAUUUGUGCGCCUGUUGCGGGCCAUUUACAUGCCACAAAAUGUCUACUGCAUUCAUGUGGAUGAAAAGGCUCCAUUGGAGUACCAGGCGGCUGUGCUAAAGCUAGUCAGCUGCUUUAAAAAUACUUUCCUCUCCAGCCGCAGCGAAACAGUGACAUAUGCUGGCUUUUCUCGCCUAAAGGCAGAUUUGAACUGCAUGAAAGAUCUGGCAAAAUCCAAGGUUGGCUGGAAGAAGGUGAUAAAUCUGUGUGGGCAGGAUUUCCCUAUCAAGAGCAACCUGGAAUUGGUGCGGUACAUGCAGAGCAAAGAGUGGAGGGACAGAAACAUGACGCCUGGGAUAAAGCAGCCGGCAACUAUGAGGCACAGGACACAUCUCCAGCACAGCGAGAUAACGGGAUCACAUGUAGCUCUUAAAGGGUUAGGACUAACAAAAGGUCCUCCUCCACACAAUCUUCAAGUUUAUUUUGGAACAGCCUACUAUGCUCUGACAAGGGCUUUUGUAGACUUUGUUAUGGAAAACCAAAUAGCCCAGGACCUCUUGGAGUGGUCUAAAGACACAUUUAGUCCAGACGAGCACUACUGGGUUACCCUCAACCACAUCAAAGAAGCUCCAAACAGUCACAUAGAUGGAGGUUGGGAAGGAGCCAUCCGGGCAAUCAAAUGGAGGGAUCAAGAAGGAAAGGCACAUAAUGGCUGCAAAGGGCAUUACAUACGAGACAUCUGUAUCUUUGCAAUGGAAGACCUGCCAUGGAUCGUUGAGAGAAACAGCAUGUUUGCCAAUAAGUUUGAGAGUAAUACCUUUCCUGAGGCUGUUGACUGCCUGGAGCAGUGGCACAGGAACAAGGUGUUGAACCAGGCAACUGUUCCCAUAGCGCCAUCAUGGCUGCUGGCUACACAGAGCAACUCAAGCAGCAGCUAUUUCCACAGCACUGCUGGAGCAUGAAACUGCUUUUGGUUUCCUCAGCAAAAGUCAGGUUACGUGCAGUUUCGAUUACUUGCACUCAUUCAGUGGCUGUGAAUGUCUCAUUUGUGGGCAGAAAAACACUGAAUUAAGAGCAGCAGAGGAAGCACUGCCUACUUCCUCUGCUGCAUGAUUACCGUUCUUACUCAUAUUUAUCUACGUAUGAAACUGUGAGAUGGCUGUCCUUUAUGUAAAUCAGAACACAGCGAGGACUAAAAUAUCUACAGUAAAGCAGCUUAAGUGAUGCAGAAGUACAAUGAAUUCACAUUAAAUAAAAUACACAGGUAUAUAGGAGACACUAUAUAAGAGAACUACACAGCACAACGGAUUGAAUAAAUGUCUGAAUAUGCAUUGUUGUUUAAUUUAAUUAAACAUUUAGGCAAAUGUUUAACGUAAUAUUGUUCAGUGUGUAGUCCAGUUACAAAAACACUUGUUGAUUAAAAACUACUGUCUGUUUUUCUCUUUUUUAUGAAUUAGAUAGUACCUGGUGUAAAUAAACAAAUAAAGACAAUUAUGACAAAAAAAAAUCUCCCUUCCUUCCUUUAUAAAACAAGACUAGGGCUGGGUAAAAAAAAUCGAUUCAUCGGUGCUCUACAAUAUGUUUUUUGCAAAUUCAGUAUUGUUUCAUUAAAUCCUGAAAUCGAUUAUUUCCAUUGUGAUGAUGCAUCGCUCCUGUGGGGGCAGUGUGAGUGCCACUGGAGAGUGACUGACGUUGUUCAGAGGUCCCGCUUGACCCCCAAACACCGGCUGUUGUUUAUUCAUUAAAAAUGGCGACAGUGGUGCGAGGUAGCAGUGUGUUAAAAUCAGCGCCGACAACAUUAAAAGCCGACGUUUGGAUACACAAAGUCGAUAGUAGUUACGUCAAGUGUGAGCCUUGUGAGUCAGUGUUAAAACACCGCAACAAUAAGACGAACCUACGUAACCUUUGAGCCGACAACACGCAGAUGUUUUGCAGCCUGUUGCUAACGCUAAAGCUGUGGA